AUGAAAGGCUUUAAUUACAAAAGUUGUUUAACUUAUCCUUUUAAUCGACCUAUUAGCGAAAUGAAAAGUAUAAUAGAAAAAGACUCAUUCUAAAUUUCUGAAAUUAAUGAGGAAUUGAAAAUAGUGACAUAUACUAUCGAUAAUUCUAAAUCUAUCAAAUUAAGUUAUUUACUUCAAUUCAUUGUAAUAUUAUGAAUAUUUUAGGAAGUGAAAUUCUUGAAAUUAUCCUUAGCCUAAUUUAUAUAAUUAGGCAUUGAUAUUUAUAAUAAGUAUAAAUAUCUAGUAUAAAACUAAAUUCAGCAUAAAUAUUUAAGUUCAGAUAGAGUGUAUUUAACUGUUUAAAAUGAAUAAUCUGCUUUUAGUAUAUUGCCAGGUUUGUUAAAAUAUUCAAUAAAUUUUACAGGUUAUGAUUGUCCUUUUUAUGAAUUGGAAAAUUAUGAAUUUUAUUAAAAGAGCGAUGGAUAAUCGAUUAAAGAAAUUAUUACAAAUAUAAUAUAAAUAGCUAUCAAAUAGUUUAAUUUAAGAAACAAUGCGAUUAACGAGUAGCCAUAAAAUGAUAGAUGCAAUAUUUAAAAUAAAGAAGUAAUUUAUUAAAAAAUAUACAUCGAUGGGAUUUGUAGAUCUCUUGAUUCGUUCUAUAUAAAUGCUAACGAAAUAUUUGAAAAAUUUAAUAAUUAUGAAAAUCAAUAAUAACUUUUAAAUGGCAUAGAUCUAUAAUUUGAUAAGAACGUAUUUUGGAGAAAUAAAAGAUUGUAAAAAGUAAAUGAAAAUAUUUAAACUUUAAUAUAAAAAAAUUAUCAGAUCCAUAAAUGGUACAAAACUGAAUAUCUUUUACUUUAAACUCUACCAUUAAUAAUAAAAGAAGUUAAGGAAUCUUAUUUCUAUCAAUAACAAAUUUUGGAUCAAUACAAAAAUUUCAAAAAUCUUUAAUUUAUAAUAGGAUGCGUAAGUGAUCAAGAUUGUAAUUCAAUAAUUGAUAGAUAUUUGCAAAAAGCAAAGGAAAAAUACAAAUUCCACAUAGAUAAAUCUAUUAUCUAUUAAAAUACUAUUUCUUAGAUACAUAUCAAAUUCAAAUGCUUGAACUAUUUUUAUAAUAACAUUCAAUUCUAAACACUUUAGGACUAAAAAAUUCUAAAUUAAAUUGAGUCUAUAAAAAAAAAAUUAUUAGAGUAGAUUGUGGAAGAAAAAAUGAAAGAAUAAAUUGAAUCAAAUAUCAUUCGAAUCCUUGAAGAAAUGUUUUGA